AUGCGACAACUAUUUACUAAGAUUUUGUUAUUUUUCCUCUUUCUACAUACAACAAAUCAAAUCUCGACAGCGCAUCACAUACAAGUUGAUUCCCCAAUCUCAGCAACAUCUCGUCUCCAUUCGGGCGCCAUCUCGGCGAUCGUCUCGAAUGGAAAUGCGAAUUGUAAUGAAGGAGAUUUCAGAUGCAACGAUGGUAAAUGUGUGAGAGCUGAGUGGCGUUGCGAUGGAUCGGGCGAUUGUGCGGGUGGAGAGGAUGAAAAAGAUUGUCCUCAUCCCGGCUGUAAAAAUGAUCAAUGGCAAUGCGACAAAUACGAGUUCCAUUCGAUCAGCUGUAUAGCUGAAUAUCAAAGAUGCGAUAACAUCACCGAUUGUCACGAUGGCUCGGAUGAGAAGGAUUGUCCCGCGCCAGCUGUUCAAUGCUCUUCAUCUGGGGUUUUUGCGUGCGCUGACGGGCGUCAAUGCUUUCCACAAAGCAAACAUUGUGACGGUGUCUAUGAUUGUCGGGAUUUAUCCGAUGAACAAGACACGUGCAAUCAGAAUCACAAAGCUUGCUUUCAAUAUCAAUUCCGAUGCGCUGAUGGAACACAAUGUAUUCAAAAAAACUGGAUUUGCGAUGGAUCAAAAGAUUGCGCUGACGGGAGUGACGAGCCGGAAACGUGCGAAUUCAAGCAAUGCUCGGCGUCCGAAUUUCAAUGCAAAAAUAAACGGUGUCAGCCAAGGAAAUUCCGCUGUGAUUACUAUGAUGAUUGUGGAGACAACUCCGACGAAGAGGACUGUGGAGAGUAUCGAUGUCCGCCUGGGAGAUGGCAUUGCCCUGGAAGUGGUCACUGCAUCGAUGAUAUGAAACUCUGUGAUGGCACAAAUGAUUGCUUCGAUGGAGCGGAUGAGAAAAAUUGCACUGAUAAUCUGUGCGAUUCGUUGGGUUGUCAAGCUGGAUGUCACUCGUCGCCCCAUGGUGGAAAGUGCACGUGUCCAGAGGGAUACGAAUUGGAUCAGGCUUUUCAUAGGAGUUGUCUGGAUAUCAAUGAAUGUGCAGAGUUCGGAUUUUGCGAUCAACUCUGCGCGAAUCAUCGCCCGGGCUUCACGUGCUCUUGUCUAGGCGAUUGCUACACAAUGCAAAUGAUGCAUGGACCUGGAAAAGACAAUCAGACCCUUCGUGGCUAUUGUAUUUCGAAAGACGCCGAAAAGUUGAAGCUAUUCGUCGCGAGACGUGAGGGACUUUACAGAAUCAAUCCCAAUGGUCCAAACGAUGAUGCGGUGAAAGUAGCCGAUGGUGAGUUCAUCUACAGCGUCGAUUUCGAUUACAGUGAUCGGAAAAUCUUCUGGACUGAUCGAUUAACCCAUGCCGCUUAUUCAGCGACUAUUGAUGAUAAAGGAGAAGUGUCACAGAUCAGCAAGCUGGGCCUGAAAUCCCUGCUCUUUCCGCGAUCAUUGGCUGUCGAUUGGAUCACAAACAAAUUGUACAUCAUCGAGUCGGGCUCUCGUCGAAUUGAUGUCACUGAUUACGAGGGAAUGAGUCGAACGGUUCUCCUCGCUGAUGGAUUGACUUUACCACUUGAUUUGGCUCUUGAUCCGUUAAGAGGUGAAAUGUUUUUCACGAAUCAAUUCAACAUCGAGGGAUGCGCUAUGGACGGAUCAAGGCGGCGAGUUCUCGUCAGCACUCACACUCAUCAAGUUUCCGGCAUCGUUGUGGAUAUCCCAGCAAAACGUGUCUAUUGGGUUGAUCCAAAAGUCGAUCGAGUUGAAUCAAUCGAUUACAUGGGAAAUGAUCGACGCGUCGUUGCUCAAGGCAUGACCAACGUGCCACAUCCAUUCGGUUUGGCUCUCUUCGAUCAGUAUCUCUAUUGGUCGGAUUGGACACGUUUGGGGGUGGUGAAAGUCGAGAAAUUUGGAUCACCGACUGAGAUGAUUUGGACGAAAAAGGAGAACAACGUGUUCCCGAUGGGUGUCUCGGCGUAUCACGAGAUGGCACAGCCGGGACCGGGACAAGCCGCUUGUCUCGGGAUGAAGAUCGAGAACCCAUGCCAUGCAGCAGACUGUGAGCAAAUUUGUCUCCUAUCAAAAGACGCCUCCGGUUUCGGUGUUGGCUAUAAAUGUGCCUGCAAUAUUGGACAUCGCCUUGUCGAUGGUCAUCGCUGCAUUCCGUCGAUCGAUUUCCUUCUCUUUUCAUCAAAUAAAAUUGUGCGCGGAAUUUUCCCUGAUCAGGCGCAACCAUCGCUCUCCGACGCAAUUCUACCGAUUUCACCGGUAUCUCAACGAAGAAUUGGGAUGUAUUUUGAGGUUGAGUGCGAUGUGAAUGGGAACUCGUUUUUCUACGCUGACAUCAUGGACAACACGAUUUAUCACCAAACGAACGACGGGGAAAGUCAAACGGCCGUCCUUGUCACGCAUAACGAUGGCCUUGUCUCGAUGUCUUUCGAUUGGGUCUCAAAGCAGUUGUUCUAUGUCGACAACAUUAGAGACAGCUUGGAAGUGGUCAAAGUGUUAGACCAAGGGCUCGUCAAUCCCGAUUCGCUCGUGCAUCGACAAUUGCUCACGAAUCUGCGUGACCCAGUCUCCGUGGUUGUCCACCCGUGGAAGGGUCUCCUUUUCUAUGCAGAAGCUCAACGACCCGCGAAAAUCUAUCGUUGUUUUAUUGAUGCCACGAAUUGUCAGGUGAUUCGGAAUACAACUCUUGGAAGACCCUCCGAACUGGUCAUCGAUUUUGAGAGGGACAAGCUGUGCUUUGGGGAUACGCUUCUCAAAUCGAUCAGUUGCAUGGAUUUUGAUGGUGGUCGAGUUUUCCAGUUGCCGAUCGAUACACCACCAAUUCCAAUUGCUUUAGCGAUUAUGGGAGAAAACCUUUACUAUGUGCACCAACGGCCAUACUCCAUUCGACGCGUCAAUAAAAUGAAUGGCGGACCGGGACAUGUUGUGAGAGAGUUUGACAAGGAAGAGAGAAGCAUUUUCUCGCUCAAAGCUUGCGCUCAAUCGAAUCAACCACCGCCUAGCGAUCCAGCCAAAGAUCAUCCCUGUCGCAUCAACUCUGACAGCGAUCAAGCUUGCCGGCAACUCUGCUUCGCUGUGCCGAACAAGGAGAACUUUAUCGAGGCGACAGAGCUCGUAAAACGAUGUGGAUGCAAAGAUUCUUUUAAAAUCAAUCCCUCUGAUCAACAUCUAUGCAUUCGAGACUCGAAUUCACCAAAAGAAGAAGAAACAAAGUGCUCAACUGACUCGCAACUCCAGUGCAAGAAUGGUCGAUGUAUUCCGAAAGAAUGGAAAUGUGAUGGAGAAGAUGAUUGCCUUGAUGGAUCUGAUGAAGUUGAUGAGAAGGGAGAGAAGUGCUAUCAUGAGGAACAAUGCCCGGAGAACACGAUUCGAUGCAAGACCACGAAGAAAUGCAUCCCGGCUCAAUAUGGAUGUGAUGGAGAUAAUGAUUGCGGAGAUUUCUCCGAUGAAGAUGUACAAUAUUGCAAGGAUGGGCAACGACCGGUUUGCUCAGCAAAGAAAUUCCAAUGUGACAAUCACCGUUGCAUCCCCGAGCAAUGGAAAUGUGACUCGGACAAUGAUUGCGGUGAUGGCUCCGAUGAGAAACUCGAGUUGUGCUCGAAUGUAACCUGUGCUGCGAAUCAAUUCUCCUGUGCGAAUGGUCGAUGUAUACCGAUUUAUUGGCUCUGCGAUGGGGACAAUGAUUGCUAUGACAAUACGGAUGAAGAUAAAGAGCGAUGCCCGCCAGUACAAUGCCGAGCUGAUCAAUUCCGAUGUGCGAAUGGGAGGCAGUGUGUGUCGUUGAAGAAUCAAUGCGACGGGCAACAGGAUUGCGAGGAUGGAAGCGAUGAGGACAGUUGUGCAAUCCAGGAAGGAGUCUGUAACCCCGAACAGUUCACGUGUGUCUCCACCGGACUCUGCAUUCCAGCCAAUUGGAAAUGCGAUGGACAAAGGGAUUGCGAUGACGGCUCGGAUGAGCCACGUGACUGCGGUCGACAAGGACAACAAUGUAAAGCCGAUCAUUUCCGUUGCACAAAUGGCAGAUGUAUCUUGAAUGCGUGGAAAUGUGACGGAGAAAACGAUUGCGGUGAUGGAUCCGAUGAAACAGAAGCGAGUGGUUGUCACAAGAAUGUGAAUGCGUUAAAAUGUCCCUUUGAACAUAUCGCUUGCCCAAAUGCGCCCGAGCAAUGCAUUCGAUUCGAUCAACUCUGCGAUGGGAAAGAGCAAUGUCCUGGAGGCUCGGAUGAGGGUGGUCGAUGUGCGCGGAAUCUGUGCUCAGCUGAUCGAGCCGGUUGCGUUUACAAAUGUCAUGAUGGACCCGAUGGACCUGUUUGCAGUUGUCCUUUUGGUGAAAUGCUGGUUAACAAAACCCGAUGCGAGCCGGAGAACGAGUGCCUCGACCCGCGCACUUGUUCUCAAAAGUGUAAAGAUUUGAAGCAUGGAUGGGAGUGCUCUUGUGAUGAUGGGUAUACACUUGAUGCAGACAAAAAGACUUGUAAAGUCACAAAUGAGCGAUCGGAGGCGAGGAUUUACGUGUCGAAUCGGAAUCGAAUUUAUUGGAGUGACGCGAAUCUCGAGAAUUGGAGAACAUUUUCGGCGAUGGUAGAGAACGCGAUCGCUCUUGCUUGGGACUCUGUAACGGAUCGAAUUUUCUGGUCGGAUAUCCGAGAGAAGAAGAUCUUCUCGGCUACUCGCAAUGGCACUAAUGUUAGCGUGGUGAUUGGAGAAGGUCUUGACAUCACUGAGGGAAUCGCGAUUGAUUGGGUUGCACGGAAUAUCUACUGGGUUGACUCAUCGCUGAAUACUAUCGAGGUGGCUAGCCUUGAAAAACCGGGAGCUCGAGCUCUUCUUGUGCACGAAAACGUGUCACAACCGCGUGGAAUCGCCGUCGAUCCGCUGGAGGGCCUUCUCUUCUGGUCGGAUUGGGGUCAAUUACCGAGAAUCGAACGAGCCAAUAUGGACGGCUCGAAUCGAGAGAUUAUCGUCAAAGACAAGAUCUAUUGGCCAAACACGAUUGCGCUUGAUUUCACGACAAAACGAGUUUACUUUGCUGAUUCGAAGCUCGAUUACAUCGAUUUUGUCAACUACGAUGGGAGUGGUCGAACUCAAGUGAUUUCCGCUCAAAAAUUCGUGCAACAUCCGCAUGCGGUUGCGAUUUUCGAGGACAAGAUCUACUACUCGGAUCGGAGACUUCAAAAGUUGCAGAUCUACCCGAAAUACCCGAACGGAACGCUUGGUGAUUAUCGAUCGCACACUUUCUCGAAGGCUUUAGGAGUGGUCGCUGUUCAUCCAGUAUUGCAACCAAAGGUGAAGAAAAACCCGUGCGAGCACAAUAUGUGCAGUCAUCUUUGCUUGAUCGGUGCGAAAGGGUCUUACACCUGUGCUUGCCCAAUGGGACGUAGAUUGGACACAGCUGGUCAUGAGUGUGUGCCCGACGAGAAACCAUUCUUGUUGCUUGUCCAAAAGACGAACGUUUUUGGAGUCGAAAUGGCGCCAAAGGUAAACGUCACUCCACUCCUUGCCGGAAUGACUCCAAUGGCCGGAUUUCAAAAUGCAUUCGAUGCUGGCUAUGAUCCUGAUGGACAAAAUCUCUUCGUUCUCGAGCAUUCGAGCAUCGCUCGUUCACUCUUACAGCUUUCCACCGAUGCCGUCAUUACCAGAGCCAGCCUUUCCGGGAAUAACCGCUCUCAAGUGUUCGCGAGUCAGAUCCCAGAUGAUGCCUUUUGUAUGGCUUUUGAUUGGAAUGGUCGAAAUCUUUUUGUCGGAAAUCGCCUCUCGCAAACGAUUGAAGUCAUUCGAACGACGGGAAACAAGUUCCGAGCGACCAUUCUGAACAAUGAUCAAUCACCGACAGCCGUCGUUCACCCGGUUGCUUUAGCUGUUGACUCGGAUCGUGGUGUGCUCUUUUGGUUGGAUCGUGGUGGAGGAGCGUCGGAUGCGAAAGUAGCUCGUGGAAAUAUGGAUGGAACGAAUGCUUUAGUCAUUGCUUCCAAUGAUUUAACCGAAGUUGAUCACAUUGCUUUGGAUACAACCAAUCAGAGAGUUUAUUUUUCGGAGGCUCGAGCUGGACGAAUUACCUCUGUGACUUACGAGGGUCAAGAUCGUCAUUAUGUGUUGAAUGACGCGGGGAAACAGCCGAAUGCGCUCGCUUUCUUCUCCGAUCGACUUUUCUAUGCGGACACUGCAUUCGAUGCGAUUGAAGUCGGCACAAUCACUGGCGACAGUCAACCCCCGCAAUUCUCGGUGUUCAAGAAGGAAAUCGAGAACCUUGUCAACAUUCAAGUCAUUCAACCAAGAGCAUCAUCGAUCAAUCAUCCAUGUCGAACGAGUAACGGAAAUUGUGCUCAUAUUUGCAUCCCAAAGCAGUACUCGACGCAUGCAUGCAUUUGUGCUUCUGGUUUUCGUCUUGAUGGAUCAACCAAUUGCAAGCUUUACGAUGAAGAGUUUGCUGUCGUUGCCUCAAAGAAUAAGAUCAUCGGCGUACCAAUGGAGGAAUCGGGAGCGAAGGGAAUCGCGAUGGAACCAAUCGGUGGAAUGGCAAUCGCUUCGAUUGAUUUCGAUUUCGAAAGCAAAACGCUCUUUGUCGCUGAGGCCAGUGGAAUCAAUAAAGGAAUCACUGCUUACACAUUGGGCGACUCGCAACCGCGUCCAAUAAUCCGAGAUCAUUUGGCGACUUAUUCUAUCAGAAGUAUUGCCGUUGAUUGGAUCAAUUACAAUUUAUAUUUUAUCAAUGUUGACGCUGAUCGAACAAAUAUUGAGGUUUCAAAACUUGACGGUCAAUAUAGGAAGAUUAUUUUCACAACGAAAACUGAAACCCCGUCGAGUAUUGCCGUCGAUCCCAUUGGAAGAUACUUGUACUGGGCUGACGGUGGCCAAAAGCCGACCAUUCAACGAGCGUAUCUCGAUGGAAGUCGACGAGAAGCUUUCGUGACGGAAAACGUGAAAGAACCGACGGAUUUGAUCAUCGAUCCAUCGUCGAGAAUGCUUUAUUGGACGGAUGCGAAAAUGGAUGGAAUCUAUCGAGUGAGAAGCAGUGGAGGGAAACCUGAAUUGGUUCGUGGAGACAUCGCCUCAGCAGCAGGCAUCGCUCUGUUCAAAGAUCAAAUGUACUGGACGGACAAUCGUUUAGAGAAAGUCUUUAAAGCAACAAGUAAACCGAACACGACUUCGUAUAUUUUGACUCCAUCAACACUGACAGCAAAUAUAAAAGAUGUGGGUGAUGUGAUUGUGUUCGCCGAGGACAAUCAACCAAAAUCGAGCUCACCCUGUCAAAUCACAGAUAAUUUGCGAAAAGCCCCAUGUGCACAACUUUGUUUCGCGACGCCCGGCACACAAACCCCAAUUUGCGCUUGUGCUCGUGGGGUACUCAAGGGACGCAUUUGUGAAGAACCGGACACUUAUUUAAUGUUCGCUGACGGAGAUCGAAUCGUUGACGCGAAUAUUGAACCCGAUGUGAAAUCACCACGCCCGAUGAAAGAAGCCCUUCCAGCAAUUGACAAUUUACAAUUGUUUGAUGUAGAUGUGAAUUUAAGACGUGUCUACUAUGUGACCGAGAGCCCGGCCGGUGUGAACAUCUCUUGGUUCUCCAUCAAUAAUGCUGAUAGUCCUCGCCUCAUCUUCGGCGCCACAAAGCAAAAAGCCGCGCAAACGAUCCGCCACAUUUCUGACAUGAAAUUCGACUGGUUGACGGGAAAACUCUAUUUCACGACCGGUCGUCUCGGAAAGAUUUACACCGUUGAUACACAGGGAGAGCAUUUGGCGACAAUUGCGAAUGGCGAUUGGACAUAUGCGAUCGCAUUGGAUCCAUGCGCUGGUUUACUUUUCUGGUCUGAUAAUGGAUAUAAAAUCACUGGAGGACCGUAUCAGCCCCGAAUCGAGCGCUCGAAUCUAGCGGGUGGGAAUCGAGAGGUUAUUGUGGCUGAUGGAGUCGGAUUGCCAGCUGCAUUGGCUGUUGAUUUUAGAAAUCAAAAGCUUUAUUGGGCUGAUGUGAAUCGUUUGACGAUUGAGAGCUGCGAUUACGAUGGAAGCAAUCGAAAGGUGAUUGCCACCGGGUAUCGAGCAAAAUCGUUAGACAUUUGGGAUCGUUGGUUGUACGUGUCCGAUCCACUCAGCAACACCAUUUUCCGGCUUAACAAGGACUCAGGCGGUGAUGUAGAGAUAGUCGUGCCGGAUCGUCGAAUCCCUGGAACUCUGCAAGUGUUUGCUUCGGAAGAUGAUGUUAAAACAAGGGAUCAAAUCUGCAAUGCACAGACAGCACAACUUUGCAAGACGAACAACGGUGGUUGUGAUCAAUUGUGCAGUGUAGUGGCUGAUCAGGUGGGCAGUGUGGCUUCUCGAGUGCAAUGCUCUUGCAAUGACACUUAUGAAUUGGUGCAAGAGCCGGGAAAAGACUAUGCCACGCAGUGUGUACUGAGAAGUGAUAACCCUCGAAAGGAGUGCCUUCCUCCAUACAAUUAUCAAUGCGCGAAUGGAGCUUGUGUAUCACUAGGCGCUACUUGCAAUGGAGUGCCCGAUUGCUCGGAUGGAUCCGAUGAGGAUCCGAGAUAUUGCAAUACACGAUCCUGUCCAAUUGACUAUUAUCUUUGCACGAAUCGGCGCUGUAUUGAUGGAACUUUGAGGUGUAAUAACAUUGAUGAUUGCGGUGAUGCAUCUGAUGAACUCGACUGUUCCCCAGCCGCCGUCACCUGUGGCACAGGACAAUUCGCAUGCUCGAAUGGGCUUUGCAUCAAUCAAACAAAGGUCUGCGAUGGGCAAAAGGAUUGCCACGAUGGGAAAGUCUCCGACGAAUCAGCGGAAACGUGUCCCGGUCUUCCGAUCGAUUGUCGCGGUGUUCGGAUAAAAUGCCCAAAUACGAAUAUUUGCAUUCAACCAGCCGACCUCUGCGAUGGCUACGAUGAUUGUGGAGAUAAAGCCGAUGAGAGCAAAUUGUGGUGUAUGAAUAACAAAUGUCCACAGCAUUACGCGCGUUGCCCGAGUGGUCGUUGCAUUCCGGAGAAUUGGCAAUGCGAUGGAGACAGUGAUUGUGGAGAGGAUCAAUGGGAUGAGGCACACACAAAUUGCACGACAUCUGAGGGUAAACGAAUCUGCGUGGGAGAGUAUUUGUUCCAAUGUGACAGCGGGAAAUGCAUCUCUCGAGCAUUUAUUUGCGAUGGAGAAGACGAUUGUGGGGAUGGAUCGGAUGAACACGCGAGACAUCAAUGCGGCAAUCGCACCUGCAGCGAUGAAGAAUUCCAUUGUGCUUCGAAUGCGCGUUUGGCUCAACCGAAAUACGAAUGCAUUCCAAAGGCGUGGCUUUGCGAUGGUGAUGUGACUUGUGCUGGGGGAGAGGAUGAGAGUACCGAGUUAUGCAAAACGGAGAAACGGGAGUGCAAUAAAGGGGAAUUCCGAUGCCAGAAUCAGCACUGUAUCCAUGCCUCGUGGGAAUGUGAUGGAGACAAUGAUUGUCUUGAUGGAUCGGAUGAACAUCAGAACUGCACAUAUUCCUCGUGUCAACCCGAGUUCUGGCAGUGCGAGAAUCACAAGUGUAUCCCGAACUCGUGGCGUUGUGACGGAAACGAUGAUUGUGGAGAUGGAUCCGAUGAGAAGCGAUGCGCCGAACAUCAAAAGGAAGUCGGAGAAUCGGGAUCGAUGUGUUUGAAAGGACAAUUCCAAUGUGUAAAUGGAGAGUGCAUUGAUGAGCAAAAGGUUUGUGACCGAAACUACGAUUGCUCGGAUCGAACCGACGAGAGUGAGAAGUGUUUCAUCGAUGAGUGCGCAAAAGCACAACAUCCAAUUUGUGAACAGAUUUGCGUUGAUUUACCGAUUCUAUACAAAUGCGAGUGUCAUGAUGGUUUCGCGCUCGAUCCAGUCGACAAGAAAAGUUGUCACAAUGUGAAUGAAUGCUUUGAGGGUGUCUCAAAUUGUUCCCAAACUUGCGAGGACAAAGUCGGCACAUUUAAGUGUGGAUGUGUGGAUGGAUAUGCACUGGCAAGAGAUGAUAAAACGUGUAAACGAGUUGAUCCGGAACCCCAACCAUACCUUCUACUCGCCAACAAGCACUACGUUCGGAAGAUCUCCGUUGACGGGAAUUUGUACGAAAUGGCAGCUCAAGGCUUUGAGAAUGUUGUCAGUAUGGAUGUGGAUAUCAAGGAAAAUAAGCUCUACGUUUGCGACAUUGGUCGACUCCGUCUCUACAGUGUGGAUAUCGAUGAAAUGGCUGACACACCGAUCACGAAAUACACACCCGUCCUUAGGCACAAUAUUUUUGGAACUGAAGGAUUUGCAAUUGAUUGGGUCGGCAGAAAGAUUUAUUUGCUGAAUCGACAAGAGCGAGCGAUUCGCGUUUGUGAACUCGAUGGUCGACUCUGCAAGACGCUUAUCCGUGACAGAAUCCAACAACCGAAAGCAAUUGUCGUUCAUCCACAAGAGGGCUAUCUUUACUUCACCGAAUGGAGCCUUCAACCGUACAUUGGUCGAAUGGCGCUUGAUGGAUCACCAGAUAAAGCUGAUCCUAUUGAAAAGUUAGCUGAAAACGAUCUUGGAUGGCCGAAUGCGCUCACAAUUGACUAUCAAUCGAAUCGAUUGUUUUGGGGUGAUGCACAUUUAAAUGAAAUUGGAUUUAUGGAUUUAAAUGGAAAUGGUCGUCGACACAUCCCAGCAAAACGCACUUCGCAUGUCUCCAGUAUGACUGUUUUUGAUGAUACACUUUUCUGGAGUGAUUGGAAUCUAAAAGAGGUACUUUCAUCGAAUAAAUGGCAUGGUACAAAUGAGACAACGCUCGUUCACACAAUACAAUUACCAAAUGAUUUACGUGUUGUUCAUCCGUUGCGACAACCUGAUUGGGCGAAUCCGUGUGGAGAUGACAAUGGUGGAUGCUCGCAUUUGUGCUUGAUUCGGGGAGGAGGAAAAGGUUACACAUGUGCUUGUCCAGAUCAGUUCAUUCUUCUUUCCGACAAUAAGACAUGCAAAGCCAACUGUACGGAGCGACAAUUCGCUUGUGGAGGCGAUGAUGCAAAAUGUAUUCCAAAGCUAUGGUAUUGCGAUGGAGAGGCUGAUUGUCGAGAUAAAUCUGAUGAGCCAAGCGAAGAAAUAUGUGGACCAAGAAUUUGUCCUGUUGGUGAAUUCCAAUGCAAGAAUCACAAUUGCACAAGGCCAUUCCAGCUCUGUGACGGCUAUGAUGAUUGUGGUGAUGGGUCGGAUGAGGUAGACUGCGAUAAACCGUGUGAUCCGUGGAUGUUUAAAUGUAAAGCCACUGGGAAAUGCGUGCCAAAGCGUUUUACAUGCGAUGGCGAUGAUGAUUGUGGAGAUCGAUCGGAUGAGGCUGAAGAGAUUUGCAGAAACCCCGCUCACAACUGUACAGCCGAAGAGUUCCGCUGUAACAAUCACAAAUGCAUUGCGAAAGCCUGGCAAUGCGAUAAUGAUGACGAUUGUGGAGAUGGAUCUGAUGAAUCACCCGAAUGCGCAAAUCAGGAUUGCAGAAAGGGUUGGAGUCGUUGCUCGGGCUCAUAUCGCUGCAUCCCGAACUGGGCAUUCUGUAAUGGGCAGGAUGAUUGCCGUGACAAUUCGGAUGAACACAAAGAGAGAUGUCCAACGUGUGAUGAUGUUGGAGAGUUCCAAUGUGCCACUACAGGCAAAUGUAUUCCAAAGAGAUGGAUGUGUGACAGUGAGAACGAUUGCGGGGAUAAUUCGGAUGAGACGGCUGACGAGUGCGGUGGAACGAGUCGACCGUGUUCGGAGAGCGAAUUCCGAUGCAAUGAUGGACGAUGUAUCCCAGGCAGUAAGGUAUGUGACGGCACCGUGCAGUGCUCGGAUCGAUUCGAUGAGGAGCAAUGCGAGACGAGGAAAUGUCAACCAGGACAUCGGAAAUGUGCUGAGGGUACAUGCAUCCCCGCGCACAAAUGGUGCGACAGAAAGAAAGAUUGUUUAUCAGCUAGUGAUGAGACGAAUUGCACAAUGGUUUCGAGAAGAGAGUGCUCUCCAUUCGAGUUCGAGUGCGCGAAUUCGGUGUGUGUGCCGAGGAAAUAUAUGUGCGAUGGAGAUAAUGAUUGUGGAGAUAAUUCGGAUGAGACGUCAGCUGAGUGCCGAGCUGCCAGCUGUGAUCCGCCACUUCGUUUCCGUUGUGCUCACUCGAAACUCUGCCUAAACAUCUUGCAAUUGUGCAACGGUUUAAACGAUUGCGGAGUGUUUGAUCAAUCAGAUGAACACCUCUCAAUGUGCACAUCAUUUUCCGAAUAUGGCGAUUGUAAUGGGGAUGAGUUCAAGUGCGCAAACGGGAAGUGCAUCAAUCAGACGCUUGCUUGUGAUCGAAAUGAUGACUGUGGCGAUGCAUCAGAUGAGAUCGGUUGCAAUAAGCACAAUGGAAAGACUUGCGAAAGUCAUGGAGACAAUGGUGGAUGUAAACAUUUGUGCACAGAUGUCAGUGAUGGCUACUACUGUCAUUGUCGUGAUGGUUUCCAACCGGAUCCGCAAAAUCCGUUGGAUUGUAUCGAUGUCGAUGAAUGCAAAGGAAAUAACACUUGUACACAAAUGUGUUUAAACACAAAAGGAUCAUAUCUUUGUCGAUGCACAGAUGACUAUGAAAACAAUGUGGUUGUUGGAGCGAUGACUGGAAAAGAUUGUCGAGCUAAAGGCGACCCAGCUGAGAUCAUCAUCGCUGCUGACGAUAAUCUGGUUCAAGUCGGAAUGCAUCAUGGAAAUGGAGUGAAUACACAUGCGGCAGCUGAGGCUGAAGUCGAUGACAAUGAUAUCAUUUCCGUCGAUUUCGACCCUCGAAGAGAGCUCAUGUUCUGGAUUGAUGGAGAUAAAAAGGCAAUUUACCGAUCCGCGAUCGCAACGGGAAAUCAAUCACACGAGGGACAACAACUCGACAUCGACUUUGAAACUCUUGGCGUUACACCCACUGCAAUGGCGGUCGAUUAUUUGACUGGAAAUCUCUUCAUCUCUACGGUCAACUCGAUGACGCAUGAACGCGCGAAACGUAUGAGUCAACCAAUCGAAUCACACACCGGAGCCAUUUGGGUUGCAUUAAGUGAUGGACGAUACAUGCGAAAAUUGAUCUCUUCGCAUUUGGCUUUACCAACAGCUGUUAUUGUUUUACCACAAAUGGGUCGUGUCUGCUAUGCGGAUGGUGGAAUGAGAGCGAAAAUCGAGUGUGCUGAUAUGGAUGGAAUGCAUCGACAAAUCCUUGUUAAGGACAUCAUUUACUCGCCAACUUCGAUGGCCGUUGACGAGGGAAAAGAUAAUCGAAUCUUCUGGGCUGAUCCGAAAUUCAGACGAGUUUUCUCAAUUCUCCCUGAUGGCACAGAUCGACAAAUCGUUGUCCAAGCCGAUAAAGACGAUAAAGCGAUUCCAUUUGCUAUUGAUGUUUUCGAGAAUCAUCUUUACUGGGUCUCAAAGGAGACGAAAACUCUUUAUGUACAGGAUAAAUUCGGUCGUGCGCGACGCUCUGUUCUCGCGUCGAAUCUCCAGGAUCCGCACGCAAUUCGAAUCCAACAACGAUACGCAAAAGACACUCAACGACUCGGAUCCGGUUGUGAGAACUCGAAAUGUUCGCAUAUUUGUGUGAACUUGCCGAACAAGGCUAUCAAUUGUUUGUGUCCCGAUGGAGCUCUAACAGAGGACGGCUCUUGUCGCUCAAUCGCCGUCUCGCCGCUCACCAUGCCCAAACAGUGCACAUGUGAGAAUGGUGGAAUUUGUGAAUUGAGCGGUGAAUGCAAGUGUCCAGCUGAUUUCGAGGGUCAACUCUGCGAUCGCUCGUCAUCAGUGAGCAAACAGAUUAUCGGUCGUUUAUCCGAGAAUAUCCUGCUCGCUUUCCUUCUUUUGUUGGCUCUUUUAGCAGCAAUCGGUCUCAUCGCUUUCUUUGGUGUCACAAUGUACAGAAAGAGAGUCUUGUUGCACAAGAAAAACGAGGCAGCUGAUGGAUCGGUGGCUUUCCACGGAAAUGUCAUCUCGUUCAGCAAUCCAGUACUCGACAAGAAUGAGCCCGACGCGGUUGAGUACGACAUGCACACUUAUAAGACGAGCACCACCGGUGAUUCGACCACAUUCACGAAUCCAGUUUAUGAUAUGACUGAAGAGAACGAGGACAGUCCAUCCACUUCAUCCACGUUGAGGUUAACCGAUCACCGACCGAGUCUCCAACGAAACGAUCUCGACACGCACAGCAUAAACUCCGAAACGCCUAAACCAGGCAGUGAAGUGAUCGCGUCAAAAGCUGAUUUGAGUAUAUCGAUACCAAAUGAGAGUCCAUUGACUUCAUUGAGUCCAUUGGGUCCAUCGUCUGGUGGUCGACCCGCACUCCCGCCAAGGCCAAAGAAAGAAAAGAACUCAAAGAAGAAAGAAGAAAUGUCAUUUGACAAUCCGUUAGCCAUGGAUAAAAUCGAUUUAAACGACGACGGUGAGGUGGCCGACGUU